AUGGGGGCUCGAGGUCGUCCUUCGAGGUCUGCGGCCUCUUCAAGGGCUUCUUCCUCAAGAGUCGCCACUGAAAAAUCGUCCCCUUCACGCACCAGAGUACCCCCUAAGCGAAGCAUCAACCGAAGUCGAGGCCGACCUUCAGCAUCUACAGUCACAGAGAUUGCGGACUCUGAGGAUGAUGAGAUUUCUGUUUCUGCCUCGACCUCAAAGGGCACAUUCCGAGGAGUCGUUAUCCCUAAGAUGGAUUCAGCUCCUGCAAAGCGCCGUGGCAGGCAGUCCGAGUCAACAGCCCCUUCUUCCAUAGCCGAUUCGAUGGAUUCGCCCGAUUACGAGACCCCAGGUACUAGCACUGUCCCAACACCUGAUCCCGGCACAUCAAAAGCAAAAGUUGGAGCUACAGCCAGGGCUUUGCAACUCCAGUCCUCGGAGUUUGCUCUUCGUGGCCGAGGUGGGUCUUCGAGAAAACGAAACAUCGCUGAAAUCACAGAUCUGGAUUUCGAAGACACUGAUGCAAAACUUGCGGCAAAACUGCAAAGAGAAGAGUACGACGCGGUGAUGGAUUCAGAGGAGAGCGAUGAUGAGCCUCUGAGCAAGCGUCGUCGUACUCGGCCGUCUUUCGUUGAUGUGACAGAUGAUGACGAUGAUGAAAUGCCCCUUGCCAGCACUCGUCAGCGUCGAACCAAGCUUCCCCUCCGCAACCAUGGUUCUUCCACUGCUGUCGCUGCCUCUUCGCUCGACAGCUCAGGACUCUCGUCAGCGGCCUCAACCGCCGACACAGAGUUGUCCGAUUUCACUCUUCCACCUGUUUCAAUGAGCUCGGCAGACCAUAGUGAGGUCGAUGACGAUGAAGAUUCCGAUUCAUCUAAACCGCCGUGGGCUAGACGCGGGAACACGUCGGUGGAUUGGACGCAGAUGAGCCGAGAAGAAAUGUUGUUCUGGGCAAAUCCUGCGAAGCGCCGCCAAUUGAGAGAACGCAAACGCUUAGAAAAGGCCCACCCAGAAAUCAAAACCAUGUGGACGGACCUUGGUAAGAUACCAGUCAUCAAGCCCGUGCAAGCGCCGCAGCCUACCAGCAUCAGUCGAAGGCUGAAACCCUUUCAGCUCGAGGGCCUGGACUGGAUGAUCAAACAGGAAAAGUCCCAGUGGAAAGGUGGCUUGCUCGGUGACGAGAUGGGUAUGGGGAAGACCAUUCAGGCUGUCAGCCUUAUCAUGUCCGACUAUCCUGCUAAGGCUCCCAGCCUGGUAAUUGUCCCUCCAGUGGCCCUCAUGCAAUGGCAGUCGGAAAUCAAAGAAUAUACCAGUGGAAAGCUGAAGGUGCUGAUUUACCACUCUUCUGCCAACCCAAAAUGCAAGCUUCUCACUGUCAAGGACCUGAAAAAGUACGAUGUCAUCAUGGUGUCUUAUUCUGGUCUGGAGUCGAUGUUCCGAAAAGAGCAGAAGGGGUGGAGUCGAGGCGACGGAAUCGUCAAGGAGGACAGCGUGUUGCAUUCGAUCAAGUAUCACCGAUUGAUCCUCGACGAAGCCCACAGCAUCAAGCAGCGGACCACCGGUGUGGCAAAGGCCUGCUUCGCUUUGAAAGCCACCUACAAAUGGUGCUUGUCCGGCACACCAGUCCAGAACCGCAUUGGCGAGUUCUUCUCACUCUUGCGCUUCCUCGAGAUUCAUCCGUUUGCAUGCUAUUUUUGCAAGACAUGCGAUUGUCGUGAACUGCACUGGUCCCAGGAUGAGUCGAAGAAAUGCACCAAAUGUCAGCACAGUGGCUUUAACCACGUCUCUGUGUUCAACCAAGAGAUUCUUAACCCAAUCACCCAGGGAGACGAUGAGAAACUCAGAAAGGAAGGUCUGGACAAGCUGCGUCUCAUCACUGACCGCAUCAUGCUUCGUCGCAUGAAGCGAGAUCACACGUCUUCUAUGGAGCUACCACCAAAAGAGAUUGUUAUACACAACGAGUUCUUUGGAGAAAUUGAACGCGACUUCUCCCAAAGUAUCAUGUCGAACUCGACUCGCAAAUUCGACACCUACGUUGCCCAAGGUGUGAUGCUGAACAACUAUGCCAACAUCUUUGGUCUCAUCAUGCAAAUGAGACAAGUCGCCAAUCACCCCGAUCUGAUCCUGCGCAAAAACGCAGAAGGUGGGCAGAAUGUUCUCGUCUGCUGUGUCUGCGACGAACCUGCCGAAGAUGCCAUCCGUUCGCGGUGCCGUCACGAAUUCUGCCGCCAGUGCGCCAAGUCAUACGUCCAGUCCUUCGCAGGUAGUGACUACGGAGGCUCUGAGGAAGACGCAGAUUGUCCUAGAUGCCACAUUCCCUUGGUCAUAGACUGGGACCAGCCGGAAAUCGAGCAGGAUGAAGAAAAUGUCAAGAAGUCAUCUAUCAUCAACCGCAUCAAGAUGGAGGACUGGACCAGCUCCACAAAGAUUGAAAUGCUCGUGUAUGACCUGUACAAGUUGCGCAGCAAGAAACAAACGCACAAAUCUAUUGUGUUCUCGCAGUUCACCAGCAUGCUACAACUCGUCCAGUGGCGGCUGCAGAAGUCGGGAUUCAGCACGGUGUUGUUGGAUGGAAGUAUGACUCCUGCGCAGAGACAGAAGACGAUCGAACAUUUCAUGAACAAUGUCGACGUUGAGGUUUUCCUCGUCUCUCUCAAAGCAGGCGGUGUUGCCUUGAACUUGACAGAGGCCAGCAGAGUAUACAUUGUCGACCCAUGGUGGAACCCUGCCGCCGAAUGGCAAUCUGCGGAUCGCUGCCAUCGAAUCGGCCAACGUCGCCCUUGCGUCAUCACUCGGUUGUGUAUCGAAGACUCGGUCGAGUCAAGGAUGGUGUUGCUCCAAGAAAAGAAAGCCAACAUGAUCAAUGGUACGGUGAACAAUGACCAGGUCGCGUUAGAUAAAUUGACGCCAGAGGACAUGCAAUUCUUGUUCCGUGGUUCUUGA